CAUAAUCUUUAAACUAAACUAUUAACUAAACUAGACUCUUCGUCUAAUUUAAAAAUCGUCUACGCCAUUUCUGUAUUCCACUGCUCUGCUCACUCAGCCUUUGAACAACACUCCUCUCUCUCUGUUCUAUCCCUCUCUAUACACAUGGCAAAGGUGAAGAUCGGUAUCAACGGAUUCGGUAGGAUCGGUAGGUUGGUGGCUCGAGUUGCUUUACAAAGAGACGAUGUUGAACUCGUCGCUGUUAACGAUCCUUUUAUCACUACUGAUUACAUGACAUAUAUGUUCAAGUACGACAGUGUUCACGGGCAAUGGAAGCAUCAUGAACUCAAAGUCAAGGAUUCGAAGACCCUUCUGUUUGGCGAGAAGCCAGUCACUGUUUUCGGUAUUAGGAACCCAGAGGAGAUUCCAUGGGGCGAGACCGGAGCUGAAUACAUUGUUGAAUCAACUGGAGUGUUCACUGACAAAGACAAGGCAGCUGCCCACUUGAAGGGUGGUGCUAAGAAAGUAAUUAUAUCUGCCCCAAGCAAGGAUGCUCCCAUGUUUGUCAUGGGUGUUAAUGAGAAGGAUUACAAGCCGGAAUAUGACAUUAUUUCCAAUGCUAGCUGCACUACCAACUGUCUUGCUCCCCUUGCUAAGGUUAUUCAUGACAAAUUCGGCAUCAUUGAGGGACUUAUGACAACGGUUCAUUCUAUUACGGCUACUCAAAAAACUGUGGAUGGUCCAUCAAUGAAGGACUGGAGAGGAGGAAGAGCUGCUUCGUUCAACAUCAUUCCUAGCAGUACUGGAGCUGCUAAGGCUGUUGGAAAAGUGCUUCCUGCCUUGAAUGGAAAAUUAACUGGAAUGGCUUUCCGUGUUCCCACCGUUGAUGUUUCAGUGGUUGACCUCACAGUAAGACUAGAGAAAGCAGCCUCUUAUGAUGAAAUCAAAGCUGCUAUUAAGGCGGCGUCCGAGGGAGAAUUAAAGGGAAUCUUGGGUUACACUGAUGAAGAUUUGGUUUCCACUGACUUCGUCGGUGACAGCAGGUCGAGUAUCUUUGAUGCAAAAGCCGGAAUAGCUCUGAAUAAAAAUUUUGCCAAGCUUGUCUCUUGGUACGACAAUGAAUGGGGCUACAGCACCCGUGUUGUUGACCUUAUCAUUCACGUGGAUGCUGUUUUGAAAGCUAAGUAAGUUGGUCGGCUGGAUUGUCUCGGCAGCUGUAUGUAAUUUCACGGAUCGAUCCUUACCUUGUUCCGUAUCUAUGGUGGAGGCCAUGAGUUUAAAGAAAUAAGCCUUGUUUAGAGUCUUAUGUCAAUAGUUUUUACCUCUUUAUCUGUUUAAAUGAAACGAUAUCUGAGUUUCUCCUACGUUUAAUCCUUCCGUUGUCGAGGAAAUUUACUCUAUAAUUCUCCAGGUAUAAUCUUGCUAUACUAGUUUGAAUAAUAUUUUUCCUUUUGAAA